AUGUCUUCCGCUUCUAACGAUUUCAAAAAUAACUUACCAUUAUUUAAUACUCCUCCAAUCGGUUCAGUUGAUUUAAAUCCCAUUAAUUUAAUUGAUUUUCAUAUAAAACAUAACUCGAAUUAUCCAUUUGGAAUUCUUUCAAAUCCAAAUCAUAAUAAAAAUAAACAUGGUUUCCAAAAUGAAAUGAUCACUUGGAAUGAAAUUGGUGAUGCGAUUCUUAAAGUUAAUCAAGAUUUAAUAGGAAUCGAUGGUGAUGGAGAUCAAGAGAAUGUGGUUGGGAUUUUAGCUUCUAGUGAUCCAUUGGUUUAUUUUACAAUGUUAUUGGCUAUUAUGAGAUCAGGUUGUGUACCUUUUGCAAUUUCUCCUAGAAAUUCUGUCACUGCUAUUGUUCAUCUAAUCAAGUCUACUAAUUGUAAAACAUUAUAUGUACAAUUUAAUCCGAAUCAAGACCCUACAAACCUCUCACCAAACGAAAGAUUCCAUCAUGAUCAACUUCAAGAAGUUUUAAACUCUUUACCUUCUUCUUCUUCAAAUCUUAAACUAAAACAGUUUCCAACCGCAUUCCAACUUUUUCCUCGUUUAUUGACCCAUGAACCCUACAUACCCAACCCAAACCUUUCCACCGAUUUCUCAUUCUUACCUACUCCAACCAAACCAAAACCAAGUUAUGCAACUCUGAUGAUCUUACAUUCAUCAGGCACGACUUCUUUUCCCAAACCAAUUUACCUAACCCAACCCAGUUUUCAAUCCUGGAUAAACGCAAGUCAAUCGACCAAGUUCAUUUGGAAAUCUCAAAUCUUAGCUUCAAUGGUCUUACCUGCCUUUCAUGCUAUGGGAAUCCAUUUUGGUUUGAUUACUGUUUUGGCUGAUGGAGCUAUUUCGGGUUUCUUUGGUCCUGAAAUCGAUUCACAUGGUGAGUAUUUGGUCAAAAGUCCUAAUUCUUGGAACGUUUUGCUUGCUAUGAAGAACUUGGGCUGUACGGUUGGUGCUUUUAGUCCUAUGAUGUUAGCUGAAUUUUCGAAUGAUCAAUCUAGUGUUGAAUUUCUUAAAACUCUUGAAAGAGUGGGAUUCGGUGGUGGUCCAUUGACUGUUGAAAUCGGUAAUAAAUUGGUCAAUGAAGGAGUUCAAUUAUCUGCCAUGUAUGGAUCAACUGAAGUGGGAAUAAUUGCUACUUUGUUUCCUGAACAUCCGUUUGGAGAUCAUUGGGAAUACUUUGAAAUUUCAAAUCAACUUACCUAUAAACUAAUCCCACAUGAUGAUUUAUACGAAUUAGUAAUCUUAUCUUCUGAAUUUCAUAGAUGUUCUUUAGAUCAUGUUGAUAAGAAUCUUGAUCAUCAAGUUUAUCAUACAAAUGAUUUAUUAUCAAAACAUCCGUUUCUUGAAUUGUAUAGAAUCGUAGGUAGAUUAGAUGAUCAAAUCAUCUUAUCAAACUCGGAAAAAACUAAUCCGGGACCUUUGGAAGCGAUCUUGGGCUUUCAUCCAGCUAUUAAAGGUUCACUUUUCUUUGGUAGAGGUAAACCUCAGAACGGCGUGAUUAUCGAACCUGAAGAUGGGUAUUUAAUCAAUCCAAAAAACCCUCAAGAAGUCAAGAAUUAUAUCGAUUUAAUUUGGUCUUCAAUAGAAGAAGUCAAUAGAUUCGCUCCAAGUCAUAGUCGUCUAAUCAAAGAAUUAAUCCUAAUAACAGAUCCAAGACAUCAACCAUUACCGAAAACGAACAAAGGACAAGUUUCACGUGUGAAAACACUCGAGAUGUUUUCCCAACAAAUCGAAGAGAUUUAUCAUCAACUUUUAAAUGGUUCUUUGGAGAAGAGCAUUGGUGAGGAUGAGAAUGGGGUGGUUGGGUUUGAAAACCUUUUGGAAUGGGUUACUGAGGGGGUGAGAGAAGUGUUGGGUUGGGAAGUAGAAGUUGAUCAAGAUUUGUUUGGUCAGGGAUGUGAUAGUCUUAGUGCCAUUCAAAUCAAAUUAAAAUUAAAUCCAAUCUUUUUCUUAAACCGAUCAGAAAAAAAAUUCUUGGUUCCUCAAAACUUGGUGUACCGUUAUCCUUCAAUCUUUAAACUUUCUAAAUACCUCUUUGAAAGUUUAUUUGAUUUGAAUCGGUUUGUUAGUCAUCAUCAAAACCCUUUGAAGAUGAAAAUUAUUGAAGAACCUUGUGAAGCUUUGGUUUUGAUGAUUCGUAAGUAUUCACCUUUAUGA